AAUUGCCUGGCAACGCUCCCAUAGACGGCCCUCAAGGACGCUAGCGGCAUGCUGGCGCGUUAGACCAGUCUACAUAUCCAAGCUGUGCACCUUCUUCUAUUGCAGAAAAGGGUACGUACCGAUCCAGAAGAACAAGACAAGAAUGAGAACACUCACAACAGUUCAUAACCACAGUUCACCAAAUACAGAGUCCAUCAUGUCUCCCUUAUUUUUCACAGUCACACCUUCCUUUGUGCACUGAGUGAAUAUCAGAGACACAGGCAUUCACCCAGUGUCCAUGGCCAUGAAGUACCACCAUGGCACCGCCACAGCUAGGCUCACCAUCAAGUGAGGCUCUAGCGGCCUCGCCCCCCUCAGUUAAUAAGGGCACUGCUCCAAGCAGACGGGCCAAGGCACCCCAUGAGUACUCCACGAACCCCAACACGGUCCGUGCUCGACGUCGCCUGUCAAAUCUGCCGCCGUACCAACUUGCCGUAGAACGAGCUAGACAAAAUGACACAAAAGCAGUGCAAGCCCCUUGGAAGAAGCUUGCCGAGUCCAAGAGUUUCCAGGCAGCUUCACAGACUGACAAGGAGAAAAUAAUGGAGGAGGUCAAGAAAGAGGUCAUGGAUCGUCGACGUGGUAAGAAGCAGGAUGCCGAGUCCAAGAUCGCAGCUCUGAAUCAGCAGUACAGCAUCGAGGAGAAUAACGCCUCUGCUCCUCUCUCUAUCGGUCCCAACCAGGCUGUUGCAGACUCUGUGUCACGAUUGUUUGCUCUCCCACAUACUGCAUUCAACAGGGACAUUGCCACCAGCCUAGUAACGACGUCUCAGGAGACGCCAGCACAACACAUUGCACCGCCCGCUCUAGCUUCCACCUCUUUGGCUUCCACCUCCUCUUUCACUUCCACAUCAGCAUCUCUUUCCACACACAAUGCGGGAACAGCCCCAAAAACUCUAACAUCCCUCACCAACUCGCCCAGCAACCGUGCACAAGCCAUAAAUGCCGCCAUCGAGUCACUCAGAGAGCAGCACGAGACCGAGAAACGCCGGUAUGAAGCGAAGGAGCGCCACCACGAGCACGAACUAGGCCGUCUCGGGGCAGAAAUGCAAGAAAUGCGCAUCCUGAUCCAGAGUCUAACACAGCGCGUAGACCAGCUCUCCAUGGCAGACCACCACACUGCUUCCCAUCCCCCUGCCCCUGCACCUUCACAACAACAAGCACAGCAGGCACAAAUGCAGCAAACAUUCCACAUCUACCCACAGCAUCAGCAGCAGGCAGACUUCGUCGUGGCCACGCCAAGUACCUUCUCUCACACCAAUGCGUCCGAGAUAUUUCCCGCUCCAGUUCCAGUGGAUCAACACAAUUACCAUCAUCCAUAUCCAUAUGCAUAUCCGUUUCGCCCGGAUUGGAACAAUGGCUACGGUUGUGGUGGAGGUCAUCAGUAUCCGGCCAUUGACAAUAACAGUAACAAUGAUGACAAUGGUAACAACACUGAUGGAAACGCAGUGCCAUUUAGUGAGGCAAUAUUCGAGAUUGGGGUACAGGAGAGAGGCGUUUAAUCAGGAAGCGGAGAAUCCAGAGCCUACGCAGUGUGGAAUAUCUGCAAGAAUGAAGUCAAUCUGACAGCUGGUGAAAGAGGGAAAAGAAAAGGGAGAACAUAAAAUCUUGGUCAAAUGCUGACCUAAUGUGUAAUGUAAUUUGAAGAUUACAGCCAGUUCCAAUAGCCUGGCUCUUCUUACAUAGUCUCCGGAGGAUUCGUUCAAUGCGUAUUAGGUUUUUACAAACGGACUCAGGGCAAUGAACAAAUGGAUGAAGGAGUUUGAUAGGUACAUGAUCUACCUCAUUCGUAUGUUGAUACUACUGUCUACAUAACAUUUGGUGCAGUAGUUCCC